AUGGCUCUGCUCUUCAGCGACGAGGAGUUCCAGCAGGCGUGGAGAGAACUGGACGAGCCGCAGCUCGACGGGGGCUGGGAGUUCUUUACCGAGACCGUGGACGUCAAAAUAUACAGACUGUAUAGCAAGGAUACAGGUUUGUAUGAGUACAAAGUGUUCGGUUCUCUGGCCAGCUGCGCUCCAGAUCUCUGCACAGAUGUUUACAUGGAUCUGAACUACAGGAAACAGUGGGACUCGUAUGUCAAAGAGCUGCACGAGAAAGACUACGGUGGACAGAAAGCCAUAUACUGGGAGGUGAAAUAUCCAUUACCUCUGUCCAACAGGGAUUAUUUGUAUGUGCGGGAGCGCCGGGAUCUGGACGUGGGAGGACGUAAGAUCUGGGUGGUUUUAGCCAAGAGCUGGUCCGUGCCUCAGUGUCCAGAGAAGAAAGGCGUGAUCCGGGUCCAAGACUACAAACAGAGUCUGGCCAUGGAGAGCGACGGCUCCGGCAGCACCAAAGUGUUUAUGAACUACUUUGACAAUCCUGGAGGAAUGAUACCGACGUGGCUGGUGAACUGGUCAGCGAAGACGGGCGUCCCUGCCUUUCUCACCGACAUGAAGAAGGCCUGCAGUAACUACAGCAGCUACUGCAAGAACAACAAGUGA